UCACGUGACUAUGUUUGCCAUUUUUAAUGGAAUCCUCGAUUAUUUUUCAUCAAUACCAUUUACAAAAGAAUAGGAUUUAAUAGCUUUCCAGAUUCUAUGGUGUUUGAUUAAGUGCAUAAGGAAUCAAACUGGCGUGUAUUUAUAAUUAUUGUAGAACAGGUGUAGUGUUUUCUGAGGUUGGCGUAAAACGUCAAAGUGAAGAGACGAGAGCCGAUCGUUACUGCAACAUGGCGACGAUCGAGGACGUUUGUGAAGAUAGCAGCUCUUCAGAUCCAUUUAUAACUAACGAACAAAUUAAUGGUUAUUUACAGGAUUCUGGUGAUGAGUUGACAGUGGAGACACCGCCUUUACCAGCGCCGUUCAUACGGAAUGAUAGUGGUACAAGCUUAAAUAGUCUUAAACUGUCAUCUACUUCUGCCCGACCGUUCCAGGGGCCCCGUUUUAAACUCAUACAUGAAGGGGAUAUACAGAUUUGUCGUCUUAAUCACACCAGAACUAUUGUCAGUAAAAUAAUGAACUCUAAAUAUCUUCGGCGAUGGGAGAGUCAUCGUAUUGUAUUGGACAAAAAUGAGAUCCGCUCCUGCACUGCCUGUGGCAUGAUGGAUAACCCUAUUCCUUACUCCAGCAUCGAAGAUGUGCACAUCAUCUCACGAUGGGAUGCUGGCCAGAAGUUCUGUAUAAGAAUUACUGUACCAGAUGGCUCCCUUCUCAUUCAGGCUCACAAUUCAUACAUCCGAGACCAGUGGCUCCAUUCAAUUCUCUGGAAGAAACAUAUGUACAAAUGUGAGAAAUUACUAAAGAAUGCAAGGCGACCAGAAGUUCUUGUCAAGGAGAUCAAGAACAUGAUAGACGUUUCUUUGACCACUAACAUUCAGGAUGCCAGUGUGUAUCAGUUUCCUCUAGACUUGGUGUCUGAUCUUCUGCAGCAGAAUGCUGAUUUCAUAACAAGAGUGGCACACGAAAACAUCAUUGUGGCUCUAGCCCCGCUUCUUGAAAACAACCAUCCUACCCAAGAGAUCUGUGAAUUUUUCAGCAAGCAUUGCAAAAACAGUCCUCGUUCCAGCAUUGUAAUAGAAUUGUUCACUCCUGUGGUGCAGAGAAUUCUGAAACACAACACUGACUUUGGAAAAUACCCAAGAAUGCGUGGAUUUGUCCAAGAGUAUAUUCAGGCUUUGAACUGUCAAAAUGGUGGCUAUGAUGUGGUUCAAAAUUUUGUCAGAAGCAUGCACAGCCCUGCCAGUGCUUGCCCUCACCCCCGUGUCCUCCCAAACCUGGUAGCUGUGUGUCUAGCUGCCAUCUACUCCUGUUUUGAGGAGAAGAAAAAUGCUAUGCUGGAUAACACUAAUGUAGUGCUGGAUGUGCAGGAGUGGGAAAACAAACUCUGUUGCUAUAUUGGAAUGUUGGACACCAUGUCCACAUUCUCAGACUGGCGAUUAGUGCUAGGAAGUCUUCUACAACCAAUUCCAUUUCCAAAUGAUGCCCUAGCACAUGAAUUAUUUACAUCCAAAAUGAAGAAUGUACUGAAAAACAUUGCCUCUGAUGAAAAGUGUGAUGUACACCAAACAAUCCUGGGGAUCCGAGAGGGGAAGGAGGGCUGGUUCCACCUGUAUUUACCUGGGACAAUAGGAUGUGAUGAUGAAGGGGAACUAUGGGGGAUCAUGUUGAAAACCCUGAUCAGGUGUUGCUGCAAGAGGAAAAAGUUUCUAACAGAACUGAAUAAAAUGAUUGGUCCAGUGAUGUUGCUGGCCCUGAGGGAAAAUGAGGCAGCCAUGGAGGUGCUUUGUGCCAUGUUAGAGCUGGAAGUAGUAGAAAAUGAGGAUCUAAAACUACAGAUGGUAACAACAUUACAGAGCACAUGUAAAGGCAAACGCAUGUAUGCUCAACUGUGUGAGAGACAGAUUGCUCUUAGAGAACUACAACAAAAGGGAGGACCCAAGAAACUGACAUUGCCUUCUAAGUCCACAGAUUCUGAUCUGGCUAAGAUGCUGAGUUCUGGGUCCUUUGGAAAUCUGGAGUGUCUCAGCUUGGCCUUCACACACGUCACCAGUGCAUGUGCUAAUGACCUGAUCAAAUUGCCAUCACUACGCUACCUAAACCUCUGGUCCACACAAUUUGGAGACAAUGGACUUCAGUUGAUAUCAGAAUAUCUACAGAAAUUACAAGUUCUCAAUCUUUGUGAGACACCCGUCACCGACAAAGGACUAACAUGUUUAGCAACUUUAAAGAAUCUCAGAAAACUCAAUCUUAACAGCACCAGUUUAUCCAAAUUAACAUUUGAAGGACUUGUGGAAAAGCUGCCGGCAUUACAAGAAUGUGAUGUGAGAUAUACAGAUGCUUGGUGAUGAAGUCCGUCUUUCCCAUUUUUUAUAGUCAUACCAUACUUUCUCAUCUAUUUCCUGUAUGUGACCACCUUUUGUUGUGUGACAGUGAACAAAAGACGAGACAGCAUGCUGUAAGAGUGUCAUUUCUACAGGAACCCAGGAUUCCCAACAGGACUCUGAACGUGUUCCACUAUAUUCCAUGAUAGAACAUGGGAAAAUGGAAAAGAAGCAGGCACUACCACCAUGAGAUACCUCCGGGAAAGUCCUCAGCUUCACCCUUUGCUGGUGACAGGAACAUAAUAAGCAGCAGGUUACUGUUUUCAGAUCAUUACCGUGCUUCAAGGAGAUACUUUAUGGGAAUUCAAUUACAGUUUUUAACUAUGUGUUAUUAGAAAGUCAUCCUGUAUAUUUAUUUGCAUAAUGUGCUCAGAUCCCCCUUUGUUGUAUUCGUCAGUGUCAUUUACCUAUACUAAGGGAUGCGAGUCUGAAGUGAGUGUCAACAAAUAUUGUUAUCUUUUGACAGAAUGGUGUUUUUAAUUCUGUACAUAGUUUUCAUGACCAUCAGCUGUAAAUGAGGUUUAUAUGUAAAAUCAGAUGACUGUUAUUUUUCUCUGUGUUUUAGCAAAAAUUAUACCCACUUUGCUUAAGUCUUUUUCUUAUUUCCUGAAUGAUAUGCAUGUUUAAUACAUGCAUUUGUAUUCACAGU